AUGACGAAUUGCGUUGCUUUACUGUCUGGAGGGAAAGACAGCGUAUACACCGCAGUUUGCUUACAGAAGAAAGGCGUCAAAAUCGAGUGUUUGCUCCAUCUGGAACCAACAUUGGUGGACGAAAAAGAUAAUAAUAGUUAUAUGUUCCAGACUGCUUUACAUGAAGCAAUACCUUAUUUGUCGGAAGCUAUGGGCAUUCCUCUUAUUAACUAUCAAUUCCAAUCGAAUAGUAGUAUUUGUAUCGAGAAGGAUUACACAGUCACAGAGAAUGACGAAAUAGAAAAAUUGUACGAAGCUGUUAAAAAGGUGUUGGUAUGUUACCCAAAGAUUAACUCAAUAUGUUGUGGAGCAAUCGCAUCUGAAUACCAAGCCAAUCGACUUGCUAAUGUAGCAGAGAGGUGUGGCAUCACAGUCUUAACUCCUUUGUGGCAAAAAGAUCAGCGUGAAGUUUUAGAUGAAAUAAUAGAAAGUGGAUUAGACGCGCGACUUGUCAAAGUAUGUUCUAUGGGAUUAAACCAAAAAGAUAUUGGAAAGUCAUUGAGUGAAAUGAAAGAAAAGUUAAUUCGACUGAACAAACAAUGUGGAGCCAGUGUUGUUGGUGAGGGAGGGGAGUUCGAAACUUUUGUGUUUGAUGGACCUACUUUUGUGAAAAGAAUUGAAUUUGAGUAUGACGUCAUCACAGAAAGAGAAGACGAUUAUGCACCCGUGUGUUACAUGCGUAUUAAGUCGUUAAAGUGUGUUGCUAAGUGA